CGCUGUCCGGCACUGCUGUCACUGGUUCUUACUGGUUUAACUGGUGUCCGGCGCUGGUCAGCGCUGUCUGGUGCAGGUGUCACCGCUGUCACUGGUGUCCCCGGUGUCCGGCACUGGUGUAACUGGUUCUUACUGGUGUCCGGCACUGCUGUCACUGGUGUAACUGGUUUUUACUGGUUUAACUGGUGUCCGGCACUGCUGUCACUGCUGUCACUGGUGUCCCCGCUGUCCAGCACUGGUGUAACUGGUUUAACUGGUGUCCGGCGCUGGUCAGCGCUGUCCGGUGCAGGUGUCACCGCUGUCACUGGUGUCCCCGGUGUCCGGCACUGGUGUAACUGGUUCUUACUGGUGUCCGGCACUGCUGUCACUGGUGUAACUGGUUUUUACUGGUUUAACUGGUGUCCGGCACUGCUGUCACUGCUGUCACUGGUGUCCCCGCUGUCCAGCACUGGUGUAACUGGUUUAACUGGUGUCCGGCGCUGGUCAGCGCUGUCCGGUGCAGGUGUCACCGCUGUCACUGGUGUCCCCGGUGUCCGGCACUGGUGUAACUGGUUCUUACUGGUGUCCGGCACUGCUGUCACUGGUGUAACUGGUUUUUACUGGUUUAACUGGUGUCCGGCACUGCUGUCACUGCUGUCACUGGUGUCCCCGCUGUCCAGCACUGGUGUAACUGGUUUAACUGGUGUCCGGCGCUGGUCAGCGCUGUCCGGUGCAGGUGUCACCGCUGUCACUGGUGUCCCCGGUGUCCGGCACUGGUGUAACUGGUUCUUACUGGUGUCCGGCACUGCUGUCACUGGUGUAACUGGUUUUUACUGGUUUAACUGGUGUCCGGCACUGCUGUCACUGCUGUCACUGGUGUCCCCGCUGUCCAGCACUGGUGUAACUGGUUUAACUGGUGUCCCCGGUGUCCAUCAUUGGUCAGCGCUGUCCGGCACUGCUGUCACCGCUGUCACUGGUUUAACUGGUUCUUACUAGUGUCCAGCGCUGGUCAGCGCUGUCCGGUGCAGGUGUCACUGGUUCUUACUGGUUUAACUGGUGUCCGGCA